AUGUCCGGCGUACCACAAAGAUUCUGGGGCUCGCCGAUACGGUACCUACGCUGGGCGGCGCACGAGAAGCCGGCAAUCUUCUGGAGCUGCGUGCUCGGCGGACUAACACCGUUCACGUUCAUAGUGAUUCCACCGUUGAGAAGAUGGGCUGGUGACGAGGAGCCGCCGAGAAUACCCCUGACAUAUCCU